UUUGGGAGAUGGUGAAGUUGGAGUCUUUUUGGCGAAAGAAGAAGGGUAGCAGCUGGGCAGGGGAAGGACCGAAACAAGAAGGAAACCAAACGAAAACAAAUGGCGACGGUGGAUGGCGGCGGAAACCCGGAGGAGCUGGCGGUGGGGUGCAUGCUCUCGAUCAGGACAACGCUGGGGGACGAGUUCGAAGGUCAGGUUGUGACUUUCGAUCGGCCCUCAAACAUCCUCGUACUCCAGGAGGCUCCCUCGAAGCCCGGCCCAGGCCCAGGCCCACGGCGGAACAUAAGGCUGCUGAAGGCAAACUACAUCAAAGACUUCACCUUUCUCGGACACGCCGCCGACCCUCUUGACCCCACUAACUGCUUCCUUGACCUCGCUGCUCUUCAAGCUAGGGAAGACCUUGCAAUCAGACAAGCUGAGGCGGAUGCUGAGAGGAUCGGUGUUGGUGUUACCAGCGAGGCACAGAGCAUCUUUGAUGCUUUGUCCAAAACGCUUCCUGUUCGUUGGGACAAGACUGUCAUAGUUGUGAUGAAUGAGGUGCGUGUCAGCAGUCCUUAUCACCCUGAUUCUGUUGUUGGAGGUACUCCUGCUGCAAAUGAGCGGGUGAAGAAAGUGCUUGACUUUGAGAGGAAGAGGUUACAACUUCGCAGUAGCAGCGGUCAGUAAGUUUACACAUUUUGCAGCCAGUUGUGGUUAGCAAAGCACCUCCAAGGGGUAAAACAUGAAUGGGGAUUUUUGCUUUUAGCGAAAUCCCCUGCACAAGAGGAGUUUCCCAAGGCACAUUCCUGACUCCAGAUAUCUGUUGUCUUGAGCUUUCAAGUUUUUGUCUUCCUUGUGGAGUUCAUUUCAGGCAGUUCUUCCAGAUUCUUCAUAACUAAAAAGAGUGAAUGCUGAAGCAUGUAAUUUGUGGUUUGUUAGUUGUUGGGUUGGACUUGAACCCCAAAAUAGGUGACUAGAUUUUGUAUUAUUAUUAUUAUUAUUACUACUAUGUUGGUUUUGUUGUUGGGAUUAUUUAACCAAUUACAAUGAGUCUAAUUUGUUCCUUAUCUAAUAAAGCAAAUGCUUUAAGAUAAGUUGAGCUAA